AUGAUCCUGCGAGACUUGCUGGUCAGCUCUCGAGGAAUCAUGCGUGAUCACGGCGGUAGAAGCCGCCGUCGCCGAGGCAUUCGCUGGACCUGUGGCACUGGUUCCAGAGACGACGAACCCAGAGCCAGAGCCACUUCCUAUGGAGCCCGCUCCAGAACCAGGACCAGCGCUGACCGACGCUACGGAAUGGGUGUUUGUGGCGGUAGCUGCAGCGACGGCGAGAGCGGCAACCGAUGGUGCCGGCGACGCAGAGGCAGAGGCAGAGGCAGAGGCGUAGGCAGAGGCGCUGCUGUGGACGAUGAAGUUGAAGCGACGGCAGCAGCGGCGGCGGCGGUGGCGGCGGCGGCAACGGUGGACGCGACGGUGACGACAGACGAAGCUGUACUUUGGGGCUUCUGCUGCAGCAACAGGUUGAGCGUCGGGGUGGCCGUCGCUGUAGGAGUUGUCGCAGUCGUCGUAGGAUUCUUUUGUGACCGUUCUGGACUAGACAUCACUGAUCUGGACGGUGGUAGUGGCGACGAACUACGUGAUGACGAAUGCACGGUAGAUGCGGAACGGAGGACGACGCUGCUCUUGCACCUGCGCCAAACGGAGCCCACUGAUCAUGAACAGCCACGAAGAAGCCUGUUGUGGAAGAGUACGGGCGAGGCUAGGCGAGGCGAGGCGAGUCGCUACGUACCCGUCACCCGGUUUGUCUAUCGGUUGGUUUCGCAAUUCGUAAUGGUCGUCGAUGGCCGCAGGUCGGUGGUCGCAGCCGCCGUUCCCUCCGUUCGUUCGUUCGUCCAUCUGUCCGUUGGUCGGUUCGUUCGUCGUCGUUGUUCAUCGGCCGCGCUGAGCACCGGCACACGGCGUGACGCGCCGGAAGCAUCGUGGCGGUCACUCGAUGUCCAUGGUACUCUCCGACCAGUGUCCCCCUGUCGUCCUUGGUCCGUUCCCGCCGUCGUGUUGGCGCCACGCGCCGAUGACCGCCGCGCGACCGCUUACCAGUCAAAGAAUGUUGGUGUUAUUUUCUUCGGGCGACGGCGCGGCGGAGGCAGCGCCAAUCGUGUUUGCACCGCGUCUCAGUCGCGCACAAUAGAAAAACUGGAUAUCGUUGACGAAACGAACGACGUCCACCGGCUGGCAGCCGUCCGUCCGUUCGUUCGCUUCUGCGCAUCGACGACGCUCCUUCACUACGCGCACGCGCGAGGCUAA